AUUGUCUCUAACUUAACACGGGGCUUGGGGGGAGGAGAAGGAAGACACGGAGAGACAGACACCAAACAGAGGCUCCCACCACUGCAAGAAGAGGGAUACCUUCUCUCCCUCCCCCCCCCCCGCUUUUUAUGAGGAGUGUUCGUCCGCCAGCGAAAGGAAAGGGAAAUAAACUCUGUCUCCCACCGUGCAGCGUUCGAUUCCCCCCCCCCCCCGCACUCCCCCGUUUUUUAAAGAGAAAUCGGGGUGCACGCUCUAAUCUCAUUAAUUUAUUUAUAUUCUUCGGAGUAUUAAUUAUCAGUCCAAGGCCGAUUUCAAAUUAUUUGCAAUCGCAGCUCCAUUGUUCGCUCCAAUUGGAGGCCCCGCCCCCUCUUUUGUCUGGCGGCGCCGUGAUUGGUCGGCGGCGGGCGGGGGCUGCCGUCAGCGCUCGGGAAGCCCAUUCAUCUGUGCACUUGGGCGUUGGACUCCGCAUCUUAUUAGCGACCAGGGAGAUUUCUCCAUUUUCCCCUUGUCUACAGUACGGCUACAAAUCUGGGAUUUUUUAUUACUUCUUUUUUUGUACUAACCUUGGGCUUCUAAUAUUUUUGCUCGACUUUUUUCCUCCUUCCUUUUUUCCCCCCCUUUUGCUUCUGCGCUGCUGCUUUUUUGACCUCUCCAGCUUUUAAUUUUUUUUUUAAAUAAAAAAAAUCCGGGAGUGUACAUAUUUUAAAAUAAUCGGUUGUCUUCUCUCUUUUUUUCCCACCCCCACCCCCAUCACCUCCUCCUCCUCCCCCUCUGGUGUGUGUUUGUGUUGCUGCUCUUCAGGCUGCUGGUCUCCCAGCAUUUAUACGAACCCACCGCUCUUUGUUUCCCCCCUUCUUUUGGAUCUGUUGAGUUUCUUUGUUGAAUAAAACCAGCAUGGGUGCUCAGUUCUCCAAGAACGCUGCAAAAGGCGAAGCCGCUGCCGAGAAGCCCGGGGAAGCGGUGCCUGCGUCGCCUUCGAAGGCGAAUGGACAGGUAAGCGGGGUGCAAAUGGGGAGAAGCGAGGAAUGAUGAUAAUGGAAUAAUGUCUCUCUUUCUUUGAAGAAAAUAAAUGGUGUGCACGGUGUUUCGUUCGGCUCCCACUUUCUUGCUUGGUGGGGAUGCAUGGCUUUUUUUUUUUUUAAAUCUGACUACAGCCCUUUAAAAGAAAGGUAAUGAAAAGGAGUGGCUUUUCGCACUGCUGUGGACCCAGUGUUUUAGGCGUAGUAGUGUGGUGGAGGCAGAAAUUUGCUAGAUGCUUGUGUACAGUGAGAUGUGUUUUCCCUUUGGCGUGGUGCACAAUUUGCUGCUUAUAAACUGGCGGCAUCUUUGAAGACCUUUUUUGCUGUAUUCGUGCUCUUGGUUGGAACUGAUCGUGUGCUCCUCUCGAUGGCUUCCUAUCCUGUAGCAGCCCCUAUUCUGUUCUCUUUCUCUCUGUCUCUCUCUCUCUCCCCCCCCCCCAAUUUCUCCUCUUUGGCGCGUGAGGAGAGUGUAGUGGAGCUUGGCAGUGAUAAGGCAAGAGCAAGCGACAGCGGUGCUUGGUGGGUGGGGGGCGCUGGAGAGUUGUCCGUGUGUAUUGGGGAAGGGGCUGAGAGACCGUCUUCUCCAUCUUGCUUGCUGGAUCCUUCUUCGCUCUGUCGGUUGCCUGCAUACAAGCUUGCGGCACACGCUGAAUGUGGUUGAUCGUAGACGGCACUACGAGACCCCCUCCCCAGCCCCGUGUGCAUAUUAUUGUCGUAACCAAGGCUACUCUCCCGGCAUUGGUGGGAGAUUAGGGCGAGAUUUUCGGAGAGGCGCUGCUGUGCGCGCGCUUUGGAGAGCUGUUGCUAAGGGAUGCGCGAGCGUGCCGACGGCACCGGGCUGAACGUGGGGCAGCCCGGGCGGCUUGCGCGCCUGCAACCGCGUGCAUGUGCAUGUUGCAUGUGGCGGCGCUUCGCUCUCGGCCGGGCGCGCCACGCUGUGGAGGGCGCCGGGCUGCACCACGCCUCUUAGUGGCAGCUGCUGUCUCGUCGCCUCGCCGCUCCACGGAGGAGCUGGAGGCGCGCUUUGCAUAGAAAUAAAAAGGCAACCGGUGCGCUGGGGAGCGGAGGCGCCGCUCCUUCCACUAUGGUGGGCGGGAGGUGGGGAUUGGUCUCUCCGUUUGGCACCAGGAAGGAGGUGGUGGUGGUAGAAGGAAGGGGCUGGGAGAAGCUGCGGCUGCGGACGGAGCUUUUGUUCGCCCAGCAGAGGCGAUCCUGGCCAAGGCGACGCUUCCUCCUGCUUCGCCAGCGCUUCUCUCCGAAGUCUCCUCCCUCGGCGCUUCGCUCCUCCUUCGGGUGGCUUUGGCAAAAUGGAGCCGCAGUGCCCUCUGCCGGCGGAGACUCCUCGCUGCCUUGGCCUCGUUCGAUUCUCGCAGGGUGUGUUGAGAAAAGGUGGUGGUGAUGAUGGGUGAUGCUCGCGCGCGGGGCGGGGGGGAGUGUUGAUUAAAUCGCAGAAGGGAAGCAGCAGCGUGGACGGCGGCCACGCGGCGCGUUUCCAAACGACGCUAACUGGACGCCGCGCCCAAAUAGCUGGGUGGGGGGAGCCCUGAAGGGACGAGCCGGAGUGAAAAGGGCGCGGGGAGGAGGGGCUUGCGUCUGAAUGGCGUCGCCUCCCCUCCCCAGAGCCCGGCCAUUGCGUCACGCGCGCUCCUCGGGAAAAGCAGCGGGAAAGUCGCUGGCAACGUGCUGCCAUGGCUGGCCCAGGGAGUUAGGUCACAUAAACUGAUUUGUGCAGUGCUGGGUUCCUUUGACUAGGUUCCUAUCCCUUUGACUGAAAGUGCCUCAAUGGCACAAACAGGGUAUAGAGUCCUGUGUCCACCUGCGCUUGACGUGAGAGAGAUCUUCCUCUCGCUCCCCCUUCUCCUCGAAUAACGCUGAGUUCAUCUCUUCCAGGAGAACGGCCACGUGAAGGUGAAUGGCGAUGCUUCGCCAGCUGCCGCCGAGGCGGGCAAGGAGGAGGUCCAGGCGAACGGCAGCGCUCCGGCCGAGGAGUCUGUGAAGGAGGAGCAGAGCCCUUCGGAGGCUGCCUCGGAGAAGGAGGCGGCCGAGGCCGAGAGCACGGAGCCAGCCUCUCCCGUCGAAGGGGAGUCCUCCUCCAAGGCCGAGGAGGCAGCCACCCCUUCGUCCAGCAACGAGACCCCUAAAAAAAAAAAGAAGCGCUUUUCCUUCAAAAAGUCCUUUAAGCUAAGCGGCUUCUCCUUUAAAAAGAACAAAAAGGAGUCUGGGGAAGGAGCCGAGAACGAAGGGGCGGGCGCUGCGGGAGAAGGGGGCAAAGACGAAGGGGCGGCCACCACCCCGGAGCCCGCCAGCAACGAGGAGGAGAGCAAAGCGGCCGCCCAGGAGGCGUCUCCUUCCGCUGCCACUGCCGCCACCGGCAGCACAGAGGAGGCCAAGGAGGAGGCCGGGGGCUCUCAGGAGGCCAAAUCGGAAGAGACUGCGCCCGAGAAGCCUGUUGGGGAGGAGGCCAAGCCUGCCGAAGAGCAGAAGCCCGAGGAGAAGCAGGAAGAGGCGCCCGCUGCCCCGAGCGCUGCCCCCGAAGCCAGCUCAACUGAGCAAGAGGCGCCCAAAGCAGAGGAGCCGGCGGCAGCGGCGGCAGCUCCUACACAGGAAGCCCCGUCCGAGUCUAGUCCAGAAGCUCCACCAGCUGAGUCGGCAGAGUAAAAAAAAGAGAGAGAGAGAGGAAAAUUUGGCAAUUUUGAGAUGAUUGAACUUUUCUUCCCCCCCGUUUGUUUGUUUGGAGUGGUGCCAGGUACUGGUUCUGGAGAACUUGUCUACAACCAGGGAUUGAUUUAAAAGAUGUCUUUCUCUUUUUUGUCUCUACCCACAGAUCCCAUCUCAGAUCAUUCUGUUACCACCAUUCCAACCGGCAGAGGAGAGACUAAACGCCUCCCUCCGCCUCGUUCCUCCUCCUCCUCUUUUUUUUUUUUUUUUUGCAUCAGUAUUAAUGUUUUUUGCAUACUUUGCAUCUUUUACUCAAAAUGUAAACUUUUUUUUUUCUCUGUCAAUCUAUGGACAUGCCCAUAUAUGAAGGAAAUGGAUGGGUCAAUAAAGGGAUAGCAAAUGAAGUGAUAAGGGGUCACAGUGGGGAAUUAGUGGUGCAGAUAAUUUGCCAAGAAAAUGUGCCACAAGAAAUAAGGGGUUAGUCUUUUUUAAAAAAGAAAGUUAUUACAAUGUAUUUUGUGAGGCAGAUGUUCUAUAAGUUUACAACACUACAAGUCUUGACUAAGAAGGAAGAAGAAAAAUUCCAAUACUCAGAUUUUAAAAAAAAGAUCAUAGUCUUAGGAAAUUCAUUUAAACCAUAGGAACUUUCACUUAUCUCAUGUUAGCUGUACCAGUCAGUGAUUAAGUAGAAAUACAAGUUGUAUAGGCUUUAUUGUUUAUUGCUGGUUUAUGACCUUAAUAAAGUGUAAUUAUGUAUUACCAGCAGGGUGUUUUUAACUGUGACUAUUGUAUAAAAACAAAUCUUGAUAUCCAGAAGCACAUUAAGUUUGCAACUUUUUCCACCCUGCCCAUUUUAUUUUUAUUUUUUUGUAAAAUUGCAGUAAUCUUGGACCUAAAAAGAAAAAAACCACACACAAUUUUAAACUCAACCAAGCUGUGAUAAGUGGAAUGGUUACUGUUUAUACUGUGGUAUGUUUUUGAUGACAGCAGACGAUGCUUUCUUUUUCCAGUUGUCUUUCAGAAUAAAGAAUAAAAACCAGUUUCAGAUGCAAUGGUUUUUGUGUAGCAUCUUGUCUAUCAUGUUUUUGUAAAUACUGGAGAAGCUUUGACCAAUUUGACUUAGAGAUGGAAUGUAACUUUGCUUACAAAAUUGCUAUUAAAUUCCUGCUUAAGGUGUUCUAAUUUUCUGUGAGCACACUAAAAGCGAAAAAUAAAUGUGAAUAAAAUGUAGAAUUGGCUGUGUUUCUUUUUCUGGAUACUCUUGAUAGCUUAGUAGAUAGCCUGUAUUGUCUAAAUUUGUAUAAAAGAAGGCACUUGUUUGCCACUUAACAUUAUUCUUUAUUUCUAAAUUACGGAUUGUGUGGUCUUCUGGCCCUACUUAAAAGCUGUAUCUGUAGAGGGAAGAGCAUUCAGGCCUUCUAAAUAGAGAUGUGCAUUGGAUUUUGAAUGAAUAACCUGUGCUACUUUGGACAUAUGAUUGGCUAAUAUGUCAGAUCUGGGGGGAGGGGGGACAAGAUAAAUGUGUUCACAACAAGCUUGCACAAGUUGACUUUAGCUAUAAUGGAUAUGUGUGUAGUCAGAGCCUUGAGGACCACUUUAUGGUACAUUAGAUUAUUAUCUCUUAGCUUGAGUUGACUUGACACUUUGGCUGUGGUUGUUUGGGAUAUCUUGGGCUUAGCCUGAGUUCUCAAACAGGGAUGCCUGAAUUCAGGUGUAAGACAGCAAAGGUCCAAUCUUACAUGCGACUUCUUAACCAUUUCAGCAUCUACUUCAGUGCCUAACUUUAAGCUUGCCAGCCUUGGAAGUUUGGCCUAAAGUAAAAAAGAAAAGAAAAUUUUUUUGUUCUACCAAAUUGUUGAGCAAUACUUUUUGUAUGUUACUCCCAGCUUAAUAGGUGAGCUAGCAAACAAACAAACAAAAAAGAUUGCUAUAUUUGUCUACAAAAGGGUCACUUGGUGCUUGCCUUUUAACUGUUUAGACUUUUGGGCUAAUUUCCACCAAAAUUGCUCAGGGCAAAAUAUGCCUUAAUAAAACAGUAGGCUUUUGUAAAAAACAAAAAAAAACCACAAAAAACAAAUACAGAGUAGUAAUGGUGUUGGAGGGUGGAAAUUGAUUCAAGGAAGUGUUGCUCCUAGGUUUAUAGGUGAAAUUUAGUGUUACACUUAACUUGCUUCCAUCUAUGUUUUCAGCAGUAACUUGCUUUGGAAGCAAUUACACUCACUUUAUAUGAGAGUGGCACAUUAGCACCUUGUUCCCUAAAGAACAAAGCCUGAGCUGAAUGAAGUUCAAUGGAUUCCAUACUGAAUACAUACUCUUAUUCAGCUGUCCACAUCUUUUUUUUAUUUUUUAUUUUUGGCUUGUAUAUAUACUCUGGUCACCCUGGUAUUAUUUCUCUGUAGUGUUAGAAAUGUAUUGACUAUUAUGCUUUAAAUGGCCAUGGGAUGAAAUAAAUGGAUGUAAAAUGAGAUCUUC